CUUUAAGCUGGUAAUGCUACGUGAACGGAAGUAAAAUGGCUUGUUACGAUCCAGCAGAACUCGAUCCAGUGGUGGUCAAUGCUGCCAGCUAUUGCGAUAAUAAAGACAGUAAACGGCUAAAUAUAUCGAUGAGUUCUUUGUCUGACGAUAAUCAAUCAGUAUUUUCCAAAGCAAGCGAUCAAUCAAUGUGUCCUGUCGUCUGGGAUGUUUUCGAGUCACGCAAUGUGGAAAUGGAGACCACACCCAGUUCCAGUGUAGAAUAUCUUAAAAUCAUAUUUAAGUUACUUUUUACGUGUCUACUCUGCUUGUUAGUGCUAUUCUUUGGUUUCCUGAACAAACUGACUCUCGUUCAAAUCAACCAACAUUUAAAUAUAAAGACUCAUACCGGCAACCAGAACUGCAAAGAAGUGCUUUUAGUCAACACCACCAUCACAAACAACAGCACGAAAUCCUACACGGAAGUUACAUAUAUUUGGGCUUUGUUUUUAUGUAUAUCCAUGCCUUAUAUUCAAGCUUCAUUAUCUCUCAUUAAACGUUUUAUUUUUAAAAAUACUCAACCAAUAAAAACGAAUACAUUUCUUUGGGUGAUGGCUGUAGAAAGCUUUCAUUCGAUUGGUUUGUUUGUGCUGGCGUAUUUGGUUUUACCACAAUUAGAAGUAACCCAAGCAUUACUGGUUUUGGAAGGAAUUGGUAUUUUACCAAGUGUUUUCAAAGUCAUGGAACAGAAGCAGCAAAAACCUAUAAUCCAGCUCUUCGAUUGGUUGGCCAUUUUUGGACAAUCGAGCAUUAUACUCUACUGGGUUCUUGUACGCCCUGUAAACGAUGGUCGUUGGUGUUAUUUGAAUUUAAUCUUACCACUGUCUCUAAUUUUCAUAUCGUUCCAGUGGUGGGAUAAUUAUCUUGCCGUAAAGCCAUCAAGCAAUGUCCUGAAAAAGCUGUCGGUUUUAAGGAAAAACUUGCAAAAAACUCGUACAAGGACGUACCUAAUUGUGACAAUCUGGAAAGCGAUCCUCUGUUUCCUCUUGGUUGUGUUCGCCGUGGGUGGAAAAGAUGGAGAUUGUUUUAAAAUACUUUUCUAUCGCAGGAAAAUCGCUGAUGGUUGUCUAGGUGGUUUGUUAAACCUGAAAAACUCUGGCUAUCGCGACGAACCCCUCAUAACUGCUCUGAUCAAUCUACUCUCGAGUUUUUUGUGCUAUCAAUGCGUUAAGUUAGCUUGUAGAAUACUUUGCCAGAUUCCUUGCUUUGUCUUACCAUUGGCAGUGUUGACACCUCUGGCACUAAUUAUUUUGUCUGCUAUCAAAAUAAAUAAAUUGCAAUGGACAAAUAUACUGGGAACUUUUCAAUGGAUUCAGGCUAGUUAUUGGAACGAGUACAUGGAAUGCAGCUUUGAGAAAGAACACAUACUCUUGGGAAUCAUUUGGGUAAUAUCGUUAUUGAUUGUUGCAAACCAAAUCUUUAGUUCCAAGACAGAGAGACUGGCAUCAAGUGAAAAGUUGUUUGUCAAACCAAUGUAUUGUGCCAUCAACUUGGAACAAUUCCUGUUUCUCAACAAACGACGGAACGAUUUUCGAUUCAAAUCAAUCGAAUCAAGUAUUCGAAAUUAUUCGCGGAGUUCUUACCCCGGUUCAGAAAGUGCUUCUAUUAAUUUAGGUCUGGCUGAGGUAAUGAAACCAAGGAUUUUUGUUUGUGUUACUCUGUGGCAUGAAAGUGAAAUCGAGAUGAUGAAACUUCUGAAGUCGAUCUUCAGAUUGGACAUUGACCAGUGUGCUCGCCGCCACGCACGACUGUAUUUUGACCUUGUGGAUCCAGACUAUUAUACAUUUGAAGCUCACCUUAUAAUAGACGAUGCCUUUGACAAAGAUGGCCAGAUCAAUUAUUUUGUUAAGCAAUUAAUGAGUGUCAUGGAUUCAGCUCUGAGCUGUGUACAUAACAUUGUUCUUCGUAUGAAACCUCCCACUAAAUACGACACUCCUUAUGGUGGCCGUUUGGAAUGGACUCUUCCAGGUGGAAAUUUGUUCAUGAUUCACAUGAAAAAUAAGCACAAGAUUCGUAGCAAGAAGAGAUGGAGUCAAGUGAUGUAUAUGUACUGGAUCCUUGGUUACCGCAUCAUGUCCAUUGAUGGCCCAGUCCAUCUGAAACGGUCAAUUGCCGAGAACACUUACUUGCUUACUUUGGAUGGUGAUAUUGAAUUUCAUCCUCCAUCCUUUCUAAAACUACUCGAUCGAAUGAAAAAGGAUCCUCGUGUUGGUGCAGCAUGCGGUAGAAUCCACCCUGUUGGCUCUGGUCCUCUGAUCUGGUACCAGAAAUUUGAAUACGCCAUCAGCCACUGGUUACAGAAAUCUGCCGAACACGUGAUGGGUUGUGUCCUGUGCAGUCCAGGUUGUUUUAGUCUGUUCCGUGGCUCAGCACUGAUGGAUGACAAUAUUCUCAGCACCUACACCAGUCUCUCAAGUCAACCCAUUGACUACUUGCAAAAAGAUCAAGGUGAAGAUCGCUGGUUGAGCACACUUUUACUGAAGCGGGGUUACCGUGUGGAAUACUGUGCCGCAGCAGAUGCUAUGACCUUUGCCCCUGAAGGUUUCAAAGAGUUCUUCAAUCAAAGACGACGUUGGAUGCCAUCAACUCUGGCCAAUAUGUAUGACAUUCUGAGCGACUGGAGAACUGUGGUGAAACAAAACAACAGCAUCUCGUUAAUCUACCUGAUGUACCAAGCAGCAUUGAUGGCUAUAUCGUUUAUCUCACCUGGCACGAUAUUUGUACUGCUGGUUGGUGCCAUCAACAGAGCUUUCCCAGCUUUAUCUUUGACAUCAACAUUCUUACUGAACUUAGUCCCAAUUGUAAUAAUGAUAUUGUUGUGUAAAUACGCUUCAACAGAUACACAGUUGAACUUUGCAAUAAUCUUAACGAUGAUCUACACCGUUGUCAUGAUGACCGUCUUAGCAGGACUCUGCCUGGAGAUUGCUGGUUCUUUGUUCUGUUCAACAACAACGAUAUUUGCAACUUUGGUCUUCAUGGCAUUUGUUUCCGCUGCACUUCUGCAUCCGCAAGAGUUUUCAGCUAUCUUUGGAGGGUUUGUGUUCCUUUUGGCAGUACCAACCAUGUCCAUCAUUUUGGUAAUCUAUGCCAUGGGAAAUUUGCAUAUUGUAUCCUGGGGUACUCGUGAAGUGGUGCAACAAAACUCGAAAGUACUUUCAGCUGAUGGCAACCAUGACGUGUCUUCAAGUGGAGUGUCUUUCUCGGCACUUUCUCCAGUGAGUAAAACAAUUCGAAAGAAAUUUCAAAGCUUCAUCAACGCCAUUCGAAAAUGUUUCCAGAAAUCCACACCAGAACAAUGCGAUGUUCAACAUCAAGAAAUUUUGACACGCAUCCAAGAACUAGAAUCCAAACUGAACAAACUUACAAACCAACAAAAACAUGAAAAGCCAUCUUGCACAUUGGAGUCGGUUGGCUUUCAAGAAAUUAGUACUGAAAAUAAUGCCAACCCCAACAUUACUGUCAAUCCAAACCACUGGUGUGAUGAUGAAGUCCUCGGCCAAAGUGAAAUAGCUCACAUCUCACUACAAGAGUCAAAGUUUUGGAAGGACUUCAUUCACAAAUAUCUGCUACCUUUAAAAAGUAAUCCCGAAGCCCAGAAGCAAAAAAGAUUCAGCCUAGAAAGACUUCGGAAUAAACUGGCCACAUUGUACCUGUUAGCUAACAUGUCAUUUAUUUUGUUGGUAUUGUCUCUUGAGAAUAGCAGCUUUUCUAACGACAAGCUCACAUUCUUGAUCUCUUGUAAUUUCAAAGAUGUUACCUACGAUAAAGUUCGACCUCUCUCGGUUAUAUUUGUAAUAGUGUUUGGGGUGAUACUCAUUUGCCAAAUGUUAGCAAUGCUUUUCCAUCGUGCGUUGACCAUUAUCCAUAUCAUAGCAUCAAUAGACCUAAACAUCGGCCAUCCAUGGCAAAAGAAAGCGCAGUCUAACACUCUACAAUUGAUUCGUGACAUGCAACGGCUGGAUAAGCAAGUAGUUGAGACCGAUUCCAUACUAACAACAGAAGACUGCCAGGAACCAAGCAGUGACAAUUAUCUGAAUCUGGAACAUAAAAGACAACCGGAAUGGGUUAACCGCCUUGACAACAACCAAACAACAUGUAGUUCUUUAGAAGGCCAUUUUAAAGAGAAUUUCUAUAGAAUAGCCAGCAGGACUUUUGCGAAAAGUAAAUCAGAACAAGUAAUAUAUAAACAAAGAUCAGUUGGACACCAUGUAACCUCUCUUCCUGUUCUUGAACGAAACACAAAGAACAACAGGCAGAUACGAAAAUGCAACUCAGCUGCUCGACAAAUCAUUGAACACGGCAGAUGGAAUCCAGAAUCCACUGAAUGGAAUGAACCGAAAAUGAAUAAUAUUCAUUCAAAUAAACCCAACACGAAUACCAAUCAUCACAGCCAAGGCAGCCAUUUUUCUUUAUUUGCAACUGAUUCAACACAUUCCACUACAGAAAAACAGUUCUUGCAAGAAACAUCUGUAUAGACAACUUUCAUUGGCACAAAUCGUCUGUCAUAAUAUUUGAUCAUUAAUCAUACAUUAUGAUGUUUCUUUAAGCAUUAACCUUCAAAUAGAAAUCUAAUGGUUGGAGGAUUCCAUUCAGUAGUCUAACGCUAAUUCAUAAGUUGCUCAGAAGGUUAUUAUUAGGGUUUACGUAUUGAAAAAACCCAUCAAAGCAUACAAUAUAAUCGUCUUUCAAA